CCCAGCAGGCACUGCGAGUGCAAACACCAGCUGCUGGUAGGCGGACUACAAGACCCAGAAGGCACUGCGAGUGCAAACACCAGCUGCUGGUGAGGCCGACUUUAAGACCCAGCAGACACUGCGAGUGCAAACACCAGCUCCUGGUAGGCAGACUUUAAGACCCAGCAGGCUCUGCGAGUGCAAACACCAGCUGCUGGUGAGGCGGACUACAAGACCCAGCAGGCACUGCGAGUGCAAACACCAGCUGCUGGGACGGAGUACCCCUGUGCCUGCGCCGGAAAGCGGAAGAGCUGCAUAAAGCUGCCAGCAGAGCCGGGUCCGGUCUGUCCGGAGACUGGACUGCGCGAUGGCGCACGGGGAGAGUGAUGCUGCGGCCUCCGCGCCGCCGGGCCCGGUGUCUUUCGGCUUCAGCCGCACGGCGAGCCGGAAGCGGCUGGAGGGGCCGCGGGAGGAGGAGAAGGACCUAGUGCGGGCUGUGGAGGGUCGGGAGCUGCGCACUGUGCGGCCUCCCGACCAGGCGCCCCGGGAGCUGGUGAUCCCGCUGCUGCGGCGCGGCCACGGCCGGAGGGAGGCCCCGGACAAGGCCGGACUCCCGGAGGAGGGCGUCCUCCGCCAAGCCGUGGAGGAGCUGCUCGAGGAGUCCCGGCGCGCCCUCCAGGAGGGCCCCGGCGCCGAGGCUUCGGCGGCCUCCAUGGCCAUCCCGCUGGUGGCCCGGGCGGACGCGGACGCGGCCCCGGAGUCGGUGGGCGCGGACUACGAGGCGGUGCCCGUGGAGGCGUACGGGCUGGCCAUGCUGCGGGGCAUGGGCUGGAAGCCGGGCGAGGGCAUCGGGCGCACUUUCAAACAGGUGGUGAAGCCCCGAGAAAACCCCCUGCGCCCCAAGGGGCUCGGGCUGGGGGCCAGCCUGGCGCCACCCUCGGGCCCCCCCGGGCCCAGCCGGGAGAGCGCCGAGGAGCCCGCGGGACUGGCCCCGGGCAGGGCCGUGUUGGUGACGGCCGGGCCCCACAAGGGCCUCCGCGGGCAGGUGGAAGGGCUGGACCCCGACAACGCCCGGGCCCUGGUAAAGCUGGCCCCCUCCGGCCAGGUGGCCACCCUGAGCGAGCAUGUGCUGCGGCCGCUAGCCGAGGCCCAGAGCCGGGACCCCAAGGGGGGGCGCGGGGACCCUAAGGGGCGCGGGGCCCCCGAAGAGAAGAAGGGACAGAAGAGGAAGCUCUCCCCGGCCCGGGAGAGGCAGGCGCCCCACUGGCUGCGCAGGGACCUCCGCGUGCGCUUCGUGGACAAAAAGCACCACAAGGGGCGCUACUACAACACCAAGAUGAUCAUCGAGGACGUGCUGAGCCCGGACACGUGCGUGUGCAGGACGGACGAGGGCCGGCUUCUGGAGGGACUUCGGGAAGACAUGCUGGAGACGCUCAUCCCCAAGGAGGAGAAGGCCAGGGUCAUGGUGGUGCUGGGGCCGCAGGCCGGUCAGCUGGGCCGCCUGCUGGCCCGGGACAAGGAGAAGAGCCUGGCCCUGGUGCAGCUGCUGCACGAGGAGGGCCAGGGCACCAUCCUGCAGCUGGACUACGACGCUGUGUGCCAUUAUGUGGGGCCCGUGACCGAGGACUGAGGGGCACCUGCCAUUAUGGGGGACUGAAGGGCCCCUAAAAUAACCACAGGGGCUGAGCACCCCCUGCUAUUGUGGGGGGUAUGGAGGAGGACUGAAGGCCCCUUAUGUCACUAUAGGGGCCAAAGACUGAAGGCCCCCCCUUCUUCCACUGUUGGGGGGCCCUGAAGGAGAACUUGAAGGCUCUUAAUAUCACUACAGGGAUGGAGCCCCCCUCUGUCUCUGACCCUGCGUCUGCAUUGACUGAGGAUCUUGAGGCAGGGGGGCCUGGGCAUAAAGGAGGCCUCUGUGGCUCUGGCUUUUACUGUGUGCCUUCUGGCCAUCUCGGCAGAGCCUUCUAGUGCUCAUCACCAUGGGUGGCCUUUUGGGGCAGGGGCAGAGAGGGCAAGGGGAAAUCACAGGGUCCUGCCUCUCUUCUCUUAGUUUGGUUUCUGUUUUUUGUCUAAAUAAAAAGGCAUUUCCAAAAACAACUUUUUAGUCUCUUAG